AUGGUAAGCAGGGUUUUGAAGCUGGCGCUUGUUGAAGGCGUCGGAUUCUUCUUAGCAACUUGUUUAGUAGCAAUACUUCAAGCUCUUUCUAUCCAAAUGAGAAUUGUAACAUUCAUUCUCGGAGGAAUUCUUUUAGCAACCGUUGUUGCUCUUCUUUUCAAAUCAUUUUGGAAGCACACCGAAGGUGAUCCUAGAUGGUACUUGUUUGUCCCAGCUAUUAUCAGUUUAGUUGCUGGAUUGCUUUAUUUCAUUGUUUCAAAAGACUUUUACACUGCAGAAAAGAAUUUCGAGAAAUUCAUUGUUUAUUCAGUCGAAAUGGUUGCUGUUGGCCAACUUUUCGCACUUCUCCUUCCAUUCAUCACAAAAUUCUUAAUCGAAGAUUCUCUCAAAGCUGCAGGAAUUGAUUACCCACAAGAAGCCGGUGCUUACAUUGGAUUUUUCACAUUACUUUCAGUCGGUCAAGCCGCUUUCUUUGUUUUCUUCACUAAAUUCGAUGCAAAUAUCUGGAAUAGCGGAUUCCUUCUUUCUAUUGCUGCCUGGUUCAUUGGUGCCAUAUUAGGCGCUGUUGUAGGCUACGUGUUCGAGAACAGAUCUUCUCCUCUUGCUUCUGCUUAUGUUUCAACUUAUGAUUCAAAUACUUAUGAUGCUUCCAAAUAA